CAUGGCCGCUGCCUUGUGCCCUCCGUUGCUGGGGAAGAUGCUCCACAAAAUGAACUGUCCCACGUAGACUAUACUCCAUUUUCUUGUGCCAUUCUGUGUGUUUCUGUGUGUGACAGUUGUCCAGCAUGGAGGAAGAACGACUGAAAAAGCUGCGGGCUGGCCAGGAGAUGGGCUCUUCAGAUCGUGGGAAUGAUCGCUGCGCAGCCUGGAAAUUUGCGGAGAAGCGGAAGCGCCUUCACCGUCGCUCGGCCCAGCAAAAGUCCUCCUCUCUGGGCACCAACAGCAGCGGGGGCUCCGUUCUUUCCCCGCCCGCUGCUGCUGCUGCUGCGGCCCCUGCUGGCGCCGUCUCGGGCAGCCUGUCACCGCCGUCGCCCGCUUCCGCCGCCGCCGCCGCCUCCUAUGGAGAACGCCGCAGCCACGACGACAGCGGCCUCCUCGCCUGCACGGUAAGGCGGGCCGAGAGAAGCCCAUCCUCUGUUCCUCUUCCAUCAAGCGACAGUUCAAGCAUCGGCAGCCACCUGUCUUCAGACACCAGUCGUUCUAGCAUGGCCUCUGCACCGUCCCCAGGGAACGUUUCCAGAAAGACAUCCUCAGGAGCAUUGAAUGCAAAGAUCAACAAUGGCCUGGAUUCGAGCUUCAACAUCAGCUUUUCAAGCAUAGAGACUUGUGCAUCUCCUGAGAUAAUUAAGAAGGAAUCUGAACACUCACCUGCACAUGGAGACAUGUCUUUCAAUGAAGCACUCAGCAGGUACAAGAGGAAGAUGGGCGACGUGAAGCGUCAGCUGAGCAAGCGUGAUGAGUUGAUCAGGCUGCUGACAGAGCGGCUGGAGGAGACCCGCCAGGAACAGGAGCGGGUCCAGCGGGAGGCCUCCCAGCAGGAGCAUGCACUCGCCCAGGAAGUGAGUCAGCUGAAGCGUGAGCUCCAGCUGUGCAUGGAGCUGCUCGAGGCCCGAGGUGGAGACGGUGGCCUGAGGCAACAGCACCAGCAGAUGCUGAACACAAAGAACGAGGCACUAGAGCAGCUUCAGCAGAAGGUGGAGGCCCAGGAGCAGCAGAUUGCCAUGCUGCAGCAGAUACGUACUGACCUGCUCAGCCGACUGGCAGCUGCUGCUUCUCUAGGUCCCGAGGAAGGCGAGCUUGUUACAAGCAAUGGCAGCCACCCCGACUACUUAGCGUCAGGUGAAUGCAAAACUGCCAGUUCUUCUGUCGUCGGCUGCCGUGGGGAUGCUGUUGCAUUGACUCUCGUGCCUCUCUCGGAGCUCCCCAGGCAGCACUUACAAGGCGACACCACCCACGAGCAUCUUCCGUCCCCAGAGCACACAGAAUGUGAUGAGAAUCUUAUUCACAGUUGCAAACAAGUUGUCUGCAACCACCUUUCUGACUGGAUGGCUGCCCGCUCCCUCAGCAUUGACAGCCACGCUGACAUUGACACCGUCUACAAUGAUCUUAAGUUGUUCGCCAUGCAGGGCCUUGAGUAUGCAGCUGCUUGCGAAGCUUACAGCAUCCCCAUGCCAAACCCAGCUGAUCUUCUGGAAGAGGUGGCUACGUUGCACACAAAAGUGACGGCACUCGAAGAAGAUCUGAAAGCUCUGGAAGGGGAAAUGAUCCACGCACGAGCUGAGAAUGAUAACCUUCGACGUGACUCAGUGGCAACAGAAGAGAAACUCAAAUCGCUGCGUACGGAGCGAAAUGUGGCAUUGAACUCCAUCAAAGAAAGUGAGUAUCAGCGGGCUAAGGAAGAAGUGGAGGACGAGAGCUUGCUGGAGGUUUACGAACUGCAGACCGAAUGCAUCCGCCUCGAGCAGGAGAAGAAGGCUCUAGAGCAGCAGCGCACGCGUCUGCUGUCGGGUGAGCAGUCACCCUGCGUGUCACCGAUCCCUUCGACACUCAUGUUGACUGAGCGAGUGCGACAUAACUCAGCUGUUCAGACAGACGACAUGGAAACCGCAAAGUCUGCUCUAGAGAGCAAUGGCGCUGCACUUGCGCAGGUUGUUGACAAGAGAUUGUCACUUGACUCUUUGAGUGCAUCAGUAGAGCUUGAUGAAGGUGAAAAUGAGAAGGGUGCGUACGAUGCGCUAGUUGCGGAGAACAUUCGUCUCACAGCAGAGAAGCAGCGGGCAGAGAGCGAUUUGGAACUUGUCCGAGAGAGGUUACAUGGUGCAGAGGAGUUGAUAGAGAAACUGAAGGCAGAGUUGGAGCAGGAGCACGGUAGCCUAGAGCAGCUUGUUGCUCGGACAGAAGAGAUCCUGAGGGCAACAACGAACACUGAUCUGUCCAGCCGCGACCAGCGCAUCUUCUUGGAAAACCAGAGCCUCAAGUGCCAAGUGGUGCUGUUGAGCAGCCGCUUGGAACAGGAGCAGAACUUUGCGUCAGCACUCAAGCGACAUGUCCAGUGCCUCGGCUCGAGGGACGAAGCCUUCCAGAAGAUCGUGAAGGACUUGACCAACCGACUGCUGAGCGGCGGCGAGCGACUGCGGUCUUCUCUGGAUAGGUGCCAUCAGCUGGAGCAGGCACUUGCCAAAUCAGCGGCCAAGGCUAAAUGUUUGGAGGCAGAGCUGCAUCAGUUGAGAGAAAGCUUGAAGGCAUCGGGUGAUGUGUCUGUGGACUGUGUAAAACAUACAGGCAGGGAGCAUAGUGCUUUAGCGGAGGAAUGUAAGCACCAAGAGGAAGCAAACAUUGAGUCAUCUGACACUCGAUCCAGGAAAGGGAGCAGUGGAGAAGGAAACGUGAUCGAUGAAGUGAAGCCACUUGCCAUUCAGCGCAUGCAGCUGGAGCUGGAAGAAAAAGAGCUUCUGCUGUCGAAUCAGGACCUUUGUAGCCGUGCCUCUCAGCGGCUAGAGCUGUGUCGGCAGCGGGAAGAGCUGCACAUGGAAUACGGGAAGCGGCUCACCGCCGUGUUGGCAGCCCUCAAGGACUCUUGCCGGAGAGAGCUGCUUUCUUUCCAAGAAUGCCUUGUACGCGAGUCAUCACUCCAGCUGCUCCGUCUCCGAGAGGCCCAUCAGGCAGACAUUGCAGCACUGAAGCAGAGGCAUGCAGAACAGGUGGAGCAGCUGCGAGCUAAGCUGCUUGCAGUUGAGACAGCACAGUCGUCGGCUGCCGACGAAGCAGAUGCGGUGCUUGCAGAGUUGCGCCAGCGGCAGCAGGCAGAGUAUGAGCAGCUUCUUCCCCGCUUGGACCCCGACCUGCAACUCAAACUGCAGGCCCUGGUGGCUCUGACGCUGCGGAUACACCAGGUGGAAAAUGAGCGUGCCCUGUCCUCUGCACAGGAGCACCUCACCAGUGAGAAGCAACGGUUGUGGGAAGCGCUGAAAGCCUGCAGCCAGGUGCAGAGGGAAGCCCUGGAAGCUCGGCUGGAACACGAGCAGAAGGCUGCUAUCAGGGACCAGUACCAGGCCCUGCUCAACGACACGGGACAAGCACAAGGCACUGACAGCUCCGUCCGCCCAGUCAGCCCUGCUGCUGCUGGAGACAACGCCGAGGCACUGCAGCUCCCUCACAUCAUCAACGAGCACCUGCAAAGCUCAACAGAGGUGCUUUUCGGUCUUCUAAAAGAGCGGAUAGACAAGGACUUCUACACUGCCCUCAAUCGGUUAACGGAUGAAUGGAAGGCAAAGUAUGCCAACACACCUGUGUCUGCAGCGACAGAAGAUUCAGCCACGACGGCCAGAGACGAUGCAGAGGCACUGGUGCAUGAUCUCAAGAAGCAUCUGGAUUCAGCCAAAGCGGCCGAGCAGUUGGUGCUGUCCUUCCACCGUUUGGGUGAGGAGCUCAGGACGGGGCUACACUCACAGCUGGAGCAGCUACUGGGCAUUUACCGGGAGCUCCACAGCAAGAUGGACACUGCCUCGGCACUCGAGCGCUACCGAGGUCUGUGCGAGCAGCUGUGCUCGGGUGCCCCGGCCGACCCUGCCUCCCUGCAGCACCAGCAGGACCUGCAGCUGAAGGCGCUGAGGGCAAGCCUCGAGGAGCAGCAUUCUCAGGAGAAAACGGCACUCCUCUCCGAGCAGGUGGUACGUACCAAGGAGCUGCUGAGCAAGCAUCGGGAAGAAGUGGAGCAGCUGGAGAAAACUGCGGAAGCAAGGCUAGCUGACGAGCGGCGACGCCUGACGGAAGAGCUCGACGUCCUCCGUUGCAGCCUCUGGGAAAAGGAACAGGCUCUUAGCCGGUCUGCCAACGAACAGCAGGCGAAGGCUUCUGCCGAAAUGGCAGAGCUUAUCAAAAAACACAGUGAAGAGGUCCAAAAACUGUCUUCCGCCCUCGAGGAAGAGGAGAAAAAGACUGAAUCACUCUGCAGCGCACUUGAGUCCCUCAAGAAAGAAAGGGAUGAAAUCGUAGAGCUUGCAGAGGGCAUAACAAGGGCCAGCUCGGACUCAGUGGUUGACCCUAGUACUGCAAUUAGACGACUUGCAGAAGAAAAUGCAACAUUGCGACGUGAGGCUGAAGCGGCACGCGCCGAAUAUGAGUCUAUGCUCUCUGAGAAGUCUAGGCUGAAAGAUGAAGUGGAGACUGUUCGUGCCGAGUACGAGUCUACACUGCAGAGUCUUGAGCAGAAUCUCCGAGGGACCGAGGUCGAACACAGGAGACAUCUGGAGGAACUGCUUGCAAGCCAGGAGCAGUACCAGGAAGAAAUGAAGUUGAAAGACGAAGAGCUACUUCUUCUGAAGCACGAAGUGGAGCAGUAUGCUGACACGCUCGGCUCGCAAAGGCUGGAGUAUGACCAGGAGCUGGAAAACAUCGAGAGGAGGCUGGAGGCCAAGCACACUGCCGAGAUCGAGUCACUCAAGUCAGAGCACAGGGAAAACAUUGAGUUGCUUAGAGAGAGUCUGCAACGAGAGCUGCUAGACGUCAAGGCUGGCUACGAGGAGCAGCAACAGAAGCUGCGGAGGAGCCUCGAGACCGAGCACAACUUGGUGGCCAACUCACAGAAGGCACAGUUCGAGUUGGCACUGGAGGCCCUGAAGAAGACACACAAAACACAGAUGGAGAAGUUGAAAGAGCAGCAUACAAGGGCAGUGGAACAACUCAACAAGGAAAGAGCACAGAUGGAACAGUGCAUGGCUGACGAGAGAACAUCUGCCAUGAAAGACAUGAAAAGCAAGCUGGAGGCUAACUACAGAGAAAUUGUUGAAACCGCCAGGGUGGAGUGUGCUGCUAGGGUCAAACAGCUGCAAGAUGAACUGGGAAAGAUGGAACAACAGCUGGGCUCUCUACGUCGACAGAACGAGGAGGGCCAGCCAGUUGAGGAGGAACUGAUUCCUACAACAGCCAGUUUGUCUGCUGCAGAAAAGCCUGCAAAGUCUGUAUCGGUCGAUAGUCUAGACGGGAAGCUCCCCGAAGAAAAAGAUGAAGAAGGUACUGCUCAUGAAGCCAUUCAGCCAAAGCGUCACGCAACCACUACUGGCGCAGAAAGCGGUGUGAGAGAGGCCUCGGCAGAAUGGUCGGACAUUUCCGUGGAAGACAUCCUGUAUGAGCGCUCAGAGCUGUUGAAGCAGUUGAAGAGCUUGAGUGCCACUGUGGACAAGCUGCAGGCAGAAAAAGAAGACCUACACGAGCAGCUUCGGAAAGCAAAUGACGAGAUCACCUCUAAGGAAAUCAGGGCGACUUCACGAUCUCCAAGUAAGGCCCUGCUUCUCAGAAUCCCUUGUCGGCCAUUUUCGGAAGAGAAGGCCAGCCCGCUCUACACAUGCAGUGGUGGUGUCUUCUGUUCUAGGGAGUGGCUCGCAGGCUCAGGGCUGACAGCCAAUGAGAUUCAGUCUUGGCAGCUGCACACUGCACAGACCAACACACGUCUGUUGAAUGUGCUGUCUGAUCUCGUGAAGACUUAUGUGGACACAGAGCAGGAGAUUCAGGAUGCCUUAGGCCAACUGGGGCUGUCGCGCGUCGAUUCACCGGCAUCCAACACAGCCGCUGAUGAGGACUACUCAAGCCUUGGUGGCAUGAGCUGCCAAACCCAAGGCUCAAAGGAAGACUUUGCUGAUGGCUUCCUCUCGGAGCUGUGUGAGGAUGGACCUGACCUGACACCACGCACCUGGGACAUGUUUGCCUCGGCCAUUGGAAUGCAGGACACUUCGGAGAUGGAGGGCGAAGAUGUUGUCCUUGGUGCAAGCCGUCGGCUACGCACAGCUGUAGACCGGGUGCUGCGGCUGCUGGCGGAGGUGUCUGAGCACCGCGGAGAAGACUUCCGAGGCCUUGUGCAGCGCAACCGGGACCUGUGCCAGGAGUUGCGCCAGGAGAGCCAGCUGCACAACCAGCUCGCACUGGACCUCCUGCAUGCCCAGGAGCGAGGUCGUGCCCUGGAGCUGGAGAAGCAGCGCCUAGAGGACACGGUGUCCCAGCUGGAAGAGCAGCGAACAGAGCUGCAGCGGGAGGUUCGGAGCUUGCGAGCACGUACCCAACGCCUUGAGGACGCUCGGGAAUCGCUCGGGGAGCAGCGCCAGCUUCUGGAGGAGCAGCGCCGCAUGCUGCGCGAGGGCUUGCACGAACCUCAGAUCACACCAUGCGCUACUUCUACAUCUGAGCAAGCACCGACUGAAGCGCCUGAAGGGCUGCUAGAAGAACACGAGCGGCUGAGCGAAGAGAAGCGACGGCUCCAGCGCAGCCAGGACCAGGAGCGGGACGCCCUGGCAGUGCGUCUUUCAGAGCUGGAGGCAGCGCUCGAGGAGGCAUCGGCACAACGCGAGGAGCUCUUGGAGAGCAGGCGCCUCGAGGUGGCAGACUUGCAGGCGCAGAUCGAUGCCAUGGACAAGCAGCUGCUGUCGCACAAGAAGUUCAUUGAGGAGCAGACACACGAGAGGGAACAGGAGCGAGAGGACUUUGCCCAAGAACUGGCCAAGUUGCAAGAGGCACUGAAAGACAAGGAGAAAAUUCAGCACUGCGAGCAACGCCUCUCGAAGGAGAUUGAGUCCCUGGAGCAGCAACUACGGAUGCGAGUAGAGGAUCAUGGGCUGGUGCUGCGAAAACGUGACCAGCUGGAGGCCGAAGUUCGCUCUCGGGAUGACAAGAUACAUGACCUCCGUGACAUCAUCCGUGACCUUGAGGCUGACCUGUCCAACAAGUCGCACUCAGUCCACGAACUUACACUGAGGGUAUCCAAUCUGGAGGAGGCCCUGUCGGAAGCCCGACAAAGAGAGCAGGAGGCCUUGCACGAGCUGGAGAAGGCACGGGGAGGCGCCCAGGGAAAUCAGUCGGCUGAUAUGGUGAAGCGCGUCCGGCAACUCGAGGAACAGCUGGAGGCCCGCACCCAGGAGCUUGACAAGAUGGUUCAGAUGGGAUCACUGCUGCAAGAGUUCCGGGCGCAGGUGCGUUCCCUGGAGGAGAAGGUGGAGAGUCGCAUCCGCCAGGUGCAGGAUGCACAUGGCUCGCUGCGGCAGCUGGUGCAGGCACUGAGCCCAGUGGGGGGAUCUCGCGAUGGAGCCCUGUCGGGCACCAGCGAGGACUCUUCAUCCCUGUCAGCAGGAGGCGUGCAGACCUUGUCGGUUGAUGACAUACGGGACGGCCUGUCGCCCAGCGCCCUGCAGUGGGACGAGCUGCGCGGCCUGGAGGAGAAAGUGGAUGCCCUGGUGGCGACUGUGGGCGACACUUUCCAGGAGAAUGCCCAGCUACGCAAGGUCCUCAAGGCCACCAAAAAGGACAAAGAGGAACUCGAGCGUGAAAAGAGGGCUCUCCAGGAGCUGAACCAGCAGCAGCUGCUGCAGGUGUCUGCGCUGAAGGCACACGUAGAGGACACACGGCUGGGGCUCUCCCCAUCGUGCAACCAGGGAGGAGGCCCCGUGGGCCAGCAGCUGCGCCAGCUCCGGAAGGACCUGCUUCGCGAGAAAGAAGCCCGUGAGGUUGCCGAGCACAAGUUGCAGCUGAGCACGGAGCAGGUGACCAGCCUUCGGGGCCAGCUGAACCAGCAGCGCGAGCUAGUCGCCAAACAGCGAGAACGACACAGGCCGUCGCAUCACGCAGGCACGCUCACCCGAGACCUUGAGGCCAACCGCUCCCCUCCUACCCCGCACUUUGCAAAGCUGCAGAAGCUUACGAGCACACGAGGAACCAUGACUCAGCUGAGCCUGCAGCAGCUGCUGGAACUGGAGGCCGCUCAGCAGAGGGUCCGGACCCUGGAGCACACGGCCGAGCUGGAAGCAGCGUGCAGCACCAAGGACGAGCCUGUCGCAGAAACAGCAGAGGCAGUCAUGUUACCCACGCAAAAGCAGAACAUUGCCGAUUUGCAAGGACUGCUGCAGGAGCGAGAUGAAGAAAUUGAAGCCCUGCACCAGGCUGUCAAUGCACAGGUGUCUCCACUGCGUGAAAAGCUGCGCUCAAUGGAGGAAGAGCUGGUGAGCCGGGAACGUGCUUGGAGCGAGCAGCGAGAGUGCCUAAAGCAGGAGUUGGCUCGCGCACGGGAAGCACAUGAAAGCAGCUCAAGGCGGUUGCAACUCCGGCUACACGAAGCCCAGCAACUGCACACUCAUGCUCAGGAGGCACUUCGAUCGGAGGUGCUUGCACUCAGGGACACCCUGUCACGGAGCGUGCCCAAGGACGAGGCGGCAGCUGCACUGAACAAGGCAGUGUCAGCCGAGCGGGAGCAGCAGCAGAGCAAGCACCACGAGGAGAUCCGGCUGCUGGAGGAGACGUGGAGGGAGCGCCUGGAGGCUGAGCGCAAGCGGCUAGAGCAGGAGCAUGCACAGCGCACUGCCGACCUGGAACGCCAGUGCCAACUGCAUGCGCGCCUGCGCACCUGGAACCGCACGGACCUGGAGAAGGAGAUGGCCUCCUAUCUCGAGCAGGCAUGCUGGACGCGCAUCUUUUUCUCCUUUGUCUUCCUUUGCAAAUCAUUAUGGGUUUCGAUGCUGCAGUGGCUAGACUGACAAAAGAGGAGGAGG